GUACCGUAGCUGACCUAUUACCUAGCUGCUCCUCCCAAUGCUCCCUGUCGACAACAUCUCCCACUGCACCAGGAGAUCUGAGAUGAAGCUGUCCGCUCCAAAAUGCAAUGCUAUACGGAGUUGACGUCCCCGACGGCCGUCACACAUUCCCUAUACCUUCCAUUCGUAUCGGCGCAGAGCAACAAUCUCGUCAUCGCAAGAGCAUCCCUCCUCCAGAUCUUCACCACCACGUCGGUCUCUGCUGAACUUGACAAGGCUCAGAAUGCCCAACUACAAUCCUCGCGACAAAUCGAGAACUACGAUGCCCGAAUUAAUGACGACGACGGCCUCGAGUCGUCCUUCCUCGGCGGCGACUCCGCCCUCGUGAGAUCCGACCGUUCGAACUACACGAAGCUCGUGCUCGUCGCCGAGUUCUCCCUGGCUGGGACCAUAACCGGACUCGCGCGUAUCCAGUCGCAGGCCUCCGCGUCGGGCGGAGAGGCGCUCCUGCUGGCCUUUAGAGAUGCUAAAAUGAGCAUGAUAGAGUGGGACCCCGAGAAGCACGCCAUAAACACCACAUCUAUACACUAUUACGAGCAGGAUGACCUGCAGGGAAGCCCGUGGACUGCUCCGCUGAGCAACUACACCAACUUCCUGGCGGCAGACCCGGGAAGCCGGUGCGCCGCGCUGAAGUUUGGGGCGCGGAGCCUUGCCAUCGUCCAGUUCAAAGGCGCGGGAGAAGAAGACAUUGACAUGGCGGAUUGGGACGAGGAGUUGGAUGGACCGCGGCCGGUCAAGGAGCCCUCCGCGGCGCUCCCAAAUGGAACUAGCAGCAGUGCAGACACACCAUAUUCAACUUCAUUUGUCCUUCGACUGCCCAAUCUUGACCCUAGUCUCAUCUGUCCCGUACAUCUUGCCUUCCUCCAUGAGUAUAGAGAGCCAACUUUCGGCAUCCUCUCUUCCACCACGUCGCCGUCCCUAGUCCUCGGUCGAAAAGACCAGCUAACGUACAUGGUAUUCACCCUGGAUAUCCAGCAAAAAGCAUCCACCACCAUCCUAUCCGUCAAUGGCCUGCCACAAGAUUUAUUUCGAGUCAUUGCCCUCCCCGCGCCCGUCGGCGGCGCCCUCUUAGUCGGCAGCAACGAGCUGAUACACAUCGACCAGGCCGGCAAGUCUCACGGUGUCGGCGUCAACCAAUUUGCGAAACAGGCCACCUCGUUCUCCUUAGCCGACCAGUCUGACCUUAAUAUGAAGCUGGAAGGCUGCGAGAUUGAGGCCUUAUCCGCCGAAAAUGGAGAGUUCUUGAUAGUUCUCAACGACGGACACCUAGCCCUGCUUACCUUUAGAAUUGAUGGCAGGAUCGUGUCUGGAUUAAGCCUUCGGUUGAUCGCACCCGAAGCCGGUGGCUCUAUCAUACCAACCUGCGUGACGACUCUGAGCAGGCUGAAUAAGACGUGUUUAUUUGCCGGUAGUGAGUGCGGCGAUUCGCUCGUUAUCGGUUGGACCCGCAAGCAAGGCCAGGCUGGAAGGAGGAAACUCCGCCUUCAAGACCCAGCACUAGACCUCGACAUAGAUGACGAAGACAUAGACGACAUGGACGACGACGACGACGACUUAUACGGCGAAGAAGACGCAUCCGCGAAGCCCUCACCGUCCCGGUUCAUCAACACUCCCGGUAGCAAACCCGGGGAGCUCGUCUUCCGUGUCCACGACCGCCUCGUCAGCAUCGCGCCGAUCACAGACUUUACCCUUGGCCAGGCUUUCUCAUUUGACAAGGAGGAAGAAAAAAAUCAAGACGGCGUUACCAGCGAUCUUAGCCUCGUAUGUGCGUGCGGACGAGGCAAUGCUGGCUCGAUUGCCAUAAUCAAUCGAAAAAUACAACCCAAAGUCAUCGGGCAUUUCGAAUUUCCUGAAGCGAGGGGCUUCUGGACUAUGGCCGCCCAAAAGCCGAUACCAAAGUCAUUACAGGGCGACAAAGGAGCUACACCGAUGGGCGCUGAGUAUGAGACAUUUGCGCAAUAUGACCGCUUCAUGAUUGUUUCUAAAAUCGACCUGGACGGAUAUGAGACGUCGGACGUGUAUGCCCUGACGGGGGCCGGCUUCGAGGCAUUAACGGGGACGGAAUUUGACCCGGCUGCUGGAUUUACUAUCGAAGCCGGCACCAUGGGCAAGCACAUGAGGGUCAUCCAAGUGCUCAAGACGGCCGUCCACUGCUACGACGGAGACUUUGGGUUGACGCAAAUCCUCCCUAUGUACGAUGAAGAGACGGGCGCAGAGCCCAGAGUGGAUAGUGCUAGCAUAGUCGAUCCGUUCCUCCUUCUGGUGCGAGACGACGCCAGCAUUUUCAUCGCCAAGAUCGACAAAAUCCUAGAACUUGAGGAAUUAGACAAAGGAGAUGCCGCGCUGGCUUCUACCAAAUGGGCUACCGGCUGUUUGUAUGAAGACAAGACAGGCAUGUUUGUCAAAGUUCAGACCGACAGGGGAGCGAAAUCUGGUGAAAACAUUAUCAUGUUCUUGCUGAGCAAGGCUGGCGCGUUACAUGUAUACGCCCUUCCCGAUCUUUCCAAACCAGUGUAUGUGGCGGAAGGCUUGCCAUUCGUGCCCCCUACCCUGUCAGCGAACUAUGCGGCAAGGCGCGGGACUGCAAAAGAGAUCAUCAAAGAAAUCCUAGUAGCUGAUCUCGGAGAUAUGACUUCCUCGAACCCAUACUUGGUCGCCCGCCACGAUAAUGACGACGUUACGAUAUACCAACCCUUCCGCACAUCUUCGGAGGCCGGACAGGAACUUGCAACAUCCCUUCACUUUCAGAAACUACCCAAUCCUACUAUAGCAGAUAACGCAGCUGAGGCCUUAGAUGACGAGGACGACGAGAUAUGGCGUCCGCUUGCGAUGCGGCGGUGUGAUAACGUUGGUGGUUAUAAGACAGUUUUUAUCCCGGGAAAUUCGCCGAGCUUCAUUCUGCGAUCGUCGAAGACCUUGCCAAAAGUAAUUGGAUUACAGGGCGACGGAGUCCGGGGGAUGAGCCCGUUCCACACCGAAGGCUGUGAACGAGGUUUCAUCUACGCAGACUUCAAGGGUCUCGCCCGAGUUUCCCAGAUCCCAAUUCGCAACCACACCUACGCUGAGAUAGGCAUGGCCCUCAGGAAAGUGCCGUUAGAUAUCGACGUACUCUCCAUCUCCCAUCACCCGCCGUCCGGGACUUUUGUCGUCGGCUGCGAUACCCUAGAGCCAUUCGAGUUGCCGAAAGAAGACGACUAUCACAAGGAAUGGCAGCAAGAGAAGGAUCUCACGCUGAAGCCCUUAGUCCCACGGGGGGUGAUCAAGCUGAUAAACCCCACCAGCUGGACCGUCAUCGACGCCAUCGAGAUGGAACCGUGUGAGACGGUAAUGUGUAUCGAGACCCUGAACCUCGAAGUCUCGGAGUCGACCAACGAGCGGAAGCAUCUGAUCGCUGUCGGCACAGCGGUAUCUCGUGGCGAAGAUCUUCCUGUCAAGGGCCGGGUUCUCGUCUACGACAUCGUUACCGUCAUCCCCGAGCCGGGAAGGCCCGAGACGAACAAGAAGCUGAAGCUCAUAGCCAACGAGGACAUUCCCCGCGGCGCGGUCACAGCGCUCUCGGAGAUUGGCACCCAGGGCCUGAUGCUCGUCGCCCAGGGCCAGAAGUGCAUGGUCCGCGGCCUGAAGGAAGACGGAACCCUCCUACCCGUCGCGUUUAUGGAUAUGAACUGCUACGUGACGGCGGUCCGGGAACUCCGGGGCACCGGUCUCUGCCUCCUGGCCGACGCCGUCAAGGGCGUCUGGUUCACGGGCUACACCGAAGAGCCCUAUAAGAUGGUUCUCUUCGGGAAGAGCUCCACCAAACUCGAGGUCCUGACGGCAGACUUCCUGCCCGACGGGGACGACCUCCUCAUCGUCGCCUGCGACUCGGACGGGGGCAUCCAUGUCCUGCAAUUCGACCCCGACCGUAGGCGUCCCCCAACCACCAAACCCCUCUCCUCCCCCUCUGCCCACGCAUAUUCCGGCCGCGCGUGUUUGUGGUGCUAACGAUCACGCGCAGAUCCCAAGUCCAUACAGGGCCAC